AACUGAUGCAAAAGCUGUAAGUCAGCCAAAAUCAUAGUCUCAGAUACAUAGUAAACUGAAGAAGUGUCGAUUGUUUUGUUCAUAUAACUUGUUAGCCUGCUCGAGAAAGUAUUAUGGACAAUUUUGGAAUAAAAAAAAUAUCUAAAAAAAAAAAAAAACUUUUUGCGGGUUGACAACAAGAAAGUGUCCAAACACAUUUUGUCUUGAGUUUGAACAAAAUAUCUAAACGUUUUCCGUCAUUUGCUCUUUUUCAAGGUUAAAAGUUAUUUUACCUGGGUUCAUAUAACACUGCCCUUGAUUCAGAGCCUCUUUUUCAUUCUCUUAUGGAAAAAGGUGGAGUUUCCAAGAAUGAAAGACCCCUCUGUGUGCACCUUGGACCUUCGCCCGUGCCUUGGACGUGUCGUUGAGUCCUCAUGUCUAGUCACAUUAUAGUCUAUAAAUUUCGAAUUUGACUGCACGUAGAGGUAUAUCUUUUAUGAUAAGGUACCAUUUCCCGUCUAGGUAUGUCGAAGGGCUGAGUCGUAGGCUAUUUUGGACUUUGCAACAGACUCUCAGAUAUAAAGCUACAGUAACACUAACUUCUGCGCACUCUCAGGACAGAGAUGGACAUCUGGGCUUUUCUAAGCGUUCUGCUUGCAGUCACGCAUUAUGUGUCAGGGCAGAGUACAAUAAGGUGGUGCACUAUUUCUGAGGCGGAGGAGUCCAAAUGUAAAGCCAUGGUUCAGGCCUUCACCAGUGCUUCAAUUCGACCAGCGAUGCAGUGCGUCCGCGCCUCAUCUAAAGCAGAAUGUGCUCAAAAACUCACCAAAAAAGAAGUUGAUGCCUUUUCAGCCAGUGUUGCAGACAUAUACACCAUUGGCAAGCAAGCCAGCUUCAAAAUAGCAGCUGGAGAAUCCGGAGCAGAUGGGAAAGGAAUAACAUACUAUGGUGUUGCUGUGGUUAAAAAGACAAAUUCAGCCAUCAACAUAAACAAUCUGAAGGGGAAGAAGUCUUGUCACACCGGUAAGAACCGCACAGCUGGCUGGAACAUCCCUCUAGGGUAUUUGAUUGACAGUGGAAUGAUGUCUGCCAUGGGCUGUGACAUCCCUCAAGGGGUUGCUGACUUCUUUGAUGCCAGCUGUAUCCCUGGGGCUAAAAACGACCCUGCAUCCCUGUGUCAGCUCUGUGUGGGAGAUAAAACAGGAAAUUAUAAGUGUGAAGCAAGCCCUAAUGAGCAAUACUACGCAUAUAACGGAGCAUUCAGGUGCUUGGUUGAGGAUGCAGGUGAUGUCGCCUUUGUAAAGCACACCACUGUAGCUGAGAAUACUGAUGGUCAGGGGGAAUCAUGGGCUCAGGGCUUACACUCUGAGGACUAUCAGCUCCUGUGUCGGGACGGCACACGCAGUCCAGUCAGUGAUUAUGAGAAAUGCCAUCUGGCUCGAAUGCCAUCGAGGGGGAUUGUUGUCCACCCUGACAUCAGCAGUUCAGUGGUUUACAACAUGUUACGUGAGGGACUGCAAAAGUCUGGGUUCUCCAUGUUCUCCUCAGCAAGCUUUAAUGGGGAAAACUUGUUGUUCAGCGACGCUUCAACCAUGUUUAUCCAAGUUGGAAAUGAAAACUAUAUCGAAUGGAUGGGCCGAUACUAUUACAUACUGAGAGCUAUGGACUGCUCAAAGUCAGAUGUCCCCUCUCAACUUCGAUGGUGUGUCCUGUCUAAAGGAGAGCAGCAAAAAUGUGCAGACAUGACUGUGGCUUUCAAAAGCAAAAAUUUGAUUCCUGAUAUUCAGUGUGUCUACGGCGCAUCUGUGGAGGACUGUUUGAAGAAAAUAAAAAACAAGGAAGCUGAUGCCAUCAAUCUUGAUGGAGGCUACAUCUACACAGCAGGAAAGAGUUUUGGUUUGAUACCUGCUGUCGGGGAGAGCUACACAGGAGACACUGACGGAAGCAUUUAUUAUGCCGUGGCUGUGCUGAGGAAGAGCAACAGAGACAUCCAGAGAUUCAGUGACCUCAAGAACAAGCGCUCUUGUCACACAGGUUAUGGCAGGACUGCAGGCUGGAACAUUCCCAUGGGUCUGCUAAUAGAAAAAGGCAUUAUCAGACCGCAGUCAUGCCAAGUGCCCCAAGCUGCUGGGGAGUUCUUUGCAUCAUCUUGUGUACCUGGAGCCAAUCAGAAAGGUUUCCCUAGUAAUCUGUGUGAGCAGUGCAUAGGAGACCCCAGUGGUCAAAAUAAGUGUGAAAAAGGCAAGGACCUAUACGACGGCUACGAUGGAGCCUUCAGGUGCCUUGUUGCAGGUCAUGGUGAUGUGGCCUUUGUGAAACAUUCCACUGUAUUUCAGAACACAGAUGGAAACAAUACUGAUUCUUGGGCAGCAAACUUGGAUUCCCGUGAAUUUCAGCUGCUUUGUUCUCAGGAGUCUCGUGCUGAAGUCACUCAGUACACUAAGUGCAACCUGGCCCGUGUCCCUUCCCACGCUGUUAUGAUAAGACCCGAUAUCAACCACCACAUCAUUUUUGGCCUUCUGGACAAAGCCCAGAAUUUCUUUGGAGUUAAUGCUGCCUCAGGCUUCAAGAUGUUUGACUCCAAAGCUUAUGAGGGAUCUGACCUAAUAUUCAAGGACUCAACUAUCACUUUAAUUGGUGUGGGAGAGAAGAAGACGUAUGAGGAGUGGCUUGGCCAGAGCUACCUGGAUGCUGUGAUAGCCAUGGAGUGUUCAGCCACAUCAACAGUGUUUUCCUCAUCCUCACUAUUGCUGAUGUCCAUUGUGAGCUCCCUGGUGUCUCUGUUGGCUUUGUAGCAGGUCUGUCAGCCACAGCAGGGUUUGGGCAACUUCAUCUCUUCUUGACUCUGACCUUCAUACCUAAACCAAUAUAUCUAUAGGUGAUUUAAGUUCAAAUCAAGCUGCCAAAUCUAAAGCUACAAUAUGCUUAAGCGAUAGCAAUGCAUUUUAUCUGUGAUUAUAAUGGUACAUAGUACGGAUGAUAAGAUUUCUGAGUGGGUCUGGGGAGAUUUUGAGGACGCUCUUAAAUUAGGAACCACGAAGAGUUGUCUGAAGUCUUUCUUUAAACUAAACUAGAGUUUAAACCAAAGCUGAUUGAUUAUUAUGACCAUUUUUAUUAUUCUACUCUGAAAUUGCUGAGGGCAAUAGCCAUAUCAGUGCAUAUGCUUUGCCUGUUACAUAUUUAUUGCACAAUGUUUAUUGCAGCUUUUAAAAUCAACGUUUUAUUAUGUUAUGAACUACUUGAAGGCACAUGCCAUAUCAGGGAAUAUGCUGUGUCUAGCAUUUUCCUCUUUGAUGAUUUAUUUGAACUACUAUCAUGCCGUUGAAUGCAGCAUGCACUGGAGUUUUGGAGUUUUACUACUGAAUGGAUUGAAAAGGUUCUUUUCCUCUCAUAUUCUCCCUAGACUGAAAGCAGAAGAAAAUGAGUUUUCAGUGUUUUUUUUUUUUUUCAAGUCAACAGCAUAUUGUGCUCAUGCAUAUAAAAUCCAAAAUAUUUUUUAACCAAUCUGAUAAUUAGUCACUGAGUUGAAAUAAGUUGUUGAAUUCUGAUACACUCAGUAAUGCUUUCAUAUCUAUGGGAGAAAUAUCUUUCCAGUGCCUGUGCAGUCUGUUCUGUUGCAACAUUACAAACCUUUUGUUUCACCAUCUAGUUAGUAUUGUUGCAAAGCAAAUAUUAAAUUCCAUUUACUAAACAAUGUUCUCAAACUGUAUAUUUCACAUCAGUGUGUGUGUUUUUCAAUAUAGUAUUUACUUUUUUGCUUUGUAAUUUGGUGUUUCUUUGAGAGAUUUAUUUUUAUAUGUUGUUCAGAUACCAUAUCAGUGUAUAUGUGCUGACACAUGAAUGUCUUGCAUUAAUGUUUAGCCUGCUUUUUCUUGGUUGCAAUUUCUUAAUGAAAUGAUUGAGAUAUAACUAAUAUUUAGUUGCCAGGCCAGUGCGUCUGCUCAAGUAUUACAACAUACUGUCUCUUAUUUUAAAUAAACAAGCAUCAUAAAA